AUGCAAGGUGUCUUAAAAUCAAGCCCUAUUUCAAAGUAUGGCGUUUCAGACAUAUUUCAACGUCAGAAAACUCAUCAUAGGGGCCAUGUUGAGUUUAUAAAUUCCGCAUUAAGACGGUUAAAAGAAUUUGGGCUACAUAAGGACCUUGAAACAUAUAAAGCAUUGUUAAAUGUUUUCCCAAAGGGUGCACUCAUACCCCGCAAUAACUUUCAACGCAUUUUCUUGCACUACCCGCUACAGCAACACUGUUGUGUUAGAGUCCUAGAUGAGAUGGAAUGGAAUGGUGUCCAGCCAGACCGUGAAGUACACGAUAUUGUAGUGAAUGCUUUUGGAGAUUGGAAUUUUGCGACAAAAAAGAUAAAACGGAUGCUUUACUGGAUGCCUAAAUUAAAAUAUUCCAAUAAAUAUAUUGAUAGGCGAGAAAUUGAGGGCAAGAAACACUCGUUGGUGGACUUGGCAUUUCUUGUUUUAAAAACAAUUUGUAGAGAUCCAGGUACACAACUCUCUCAUGUCAAAAUAAAAGAUGUUGAACCGGAUGAUGAUAAAGGUUGGCUUGUUAGCGGACAAAGUCCUGUACAGAAGUAUUUGAUUGAAGGGAUGAAACCCAAAAGUACGCUUUACAUAGAUGGUCCGUUUUUUGUAUAUUUGAUGGACUAUAAGCUGAAUUACGUCUGCUUGACGACUGACCCAGAUCCCAACCAGAUAUUUGACAACUUCAGGCCUGAAGAAGAGGACGAUGACGAUUUUGAAAAUUGGCGGAGUCCUUGGGAGCAUGGCGUCUUAACUGUUAGGGAGAAGAAUAUACACCAGCAACAAGAUGAAACGGUCCUUGGAUUAGCAGUUUUCGGCAAGACAGAUCGCCGGUGGGCUGCUGCUUGGAUUAAUCAUCUGUUGGAAUCGAACAGUUCAAUUAAAGAUAUGCGUGUGCUCAUCAGGUUAAGAGAGGAGAAUAGAGAAUUGACAGCGACUCCAUCACCUGAGGUGAAAAAGAGCGGGGAUUUUGAUAGGGAGGGGAAUAAACAUUCAACGGAGUAG